GAAAAAAACAUAGUCAACAAAUGCAAGAUUAUUUGUAGGAAAAUUUAGUUUGUGAGGAUGGUCAAUGGCGCUGUAUCCCUUUGGGUUCUUCCUCUGAUCCUAUUCCUGGGGAAUGCACCUUUCUGUCUUUCCAGCCUCUUCUCUUCACUAGUUGACUUGCAGACAGACAGGACAGAUUACUAUGAAUACAGUGAUGAGUAUAUCCCGCCAGAAGAGAACACCGCCGCCACAGACAGAGAAUAUCUCACAUAUCCCGACUGGUUCUACGAAUACUUUGGCUACAACGAUCCAUGCUCGUCCAAGCCUUGCAAGAAUAACGGGGAGUGCAAAAGAAACAGACAUCGCUACAGCUGCCUCUGCCCUAUGCCCUAUGCGGGGACUAGGUGUGAGAAAGUGAAAAACGUGUGUGAAAGGAAUAGCUGUAGUAAAGGAGACUGCCUUAUAUUGCUAAUGCCACCUUAUUCUCAGUGCACUUGUAGACAUCCAUACAAGCCACCAUACUGCAACAAAGUGUCUUCAGCUUGCAAACCAAACCCAUGUAAAAAUGGAGGCGUCUGUCUACAGCAGAGAAUCAGAUCAAAAUUCUCCUGCCAGUGUGCUGAACCCUUCAGAGGGAGGUUCUGUGAAAUAGGACCAGAGGACUGUUAUGAACAGGAUGGCCAUGAAUACAGAGGGAAAGUGAGUCAAACAAGGGCUGGAGAGACAUGCCUUCAUUGGAAUUCUAACCUGCUCUUGGACGAGAGUUAUAAUGCAUUUAUGGAGGAUGCUGAGUAUUAUGGCAUCGGUGAACAUAACUUCUGCAGGAAUCCAGACGGUGAUGUAAAACCCUGGUGCUUCAUCAAAACAGAUAACAAGGUGAAAUGGGACUCCUGUGAUGUUUCACCCUGCUCAGCAACAGAAAAUAUUCCAGCGACUACAGUCACCCCAGCUGUUCUUCCUGUAGUGGGUAAGACAUUCAAUACGUGUGGACAGCCAGAGGCUGAGAGAACGCUCAAAAGGAUUUAUGGUGGGGCCAAGACCAUGUCUGGCAAACAUCCCUGGAUGGCAUCUCUGCAGAGCAAGCGUCCAUUGAGGCCCUCUAUGCCAAAGGGACACUUCUGUGGAGGAGUGCUGAUUAAACCAUGCUGGGUUCUCACUGCUGGACACUGCAUUCAAUUUCAAGCAGACAACAUGCAAGUGUCCCUUGGAAAGCAAGACCUGGAGAGGACAGAGUACCAUGAACAAAAAUUUGAUGUGGAGAAGAUAAUUCGACAUGGACAUUACAAAGAAUGGAACGAUAUUCCAUUCAAUGAUAUCGCUUUGCUUAAGCUGAAGCCAGUUGAUGGCCAUUGUGCUCUAGAAACGAAAUACGUAAAAACAGUGUGUUUGCCCAAUGCUCCAUUUCCUGAUGGGACUGAAUGCUACAUCUCAGGAUGGGGAGUUACUGAAACAGGUGAAGGAUCUCGUCAGCUGUUAGAUGCCAGAGUAAAGCUGAUCUCCAAGACGCAGUGCAAUGCACGGUGCGCAUAUGAUAACAGACUGGAUGAAAGCAUGCUUUGUGCAGGAAAUCUGCAGGCACCAGGAGUUGAUACUUGUCAGGGAGAUUCUGGAGGUCCUCUAACCUGUGCACAAAAUGGUUCCUAUUAUGUCUAUGGAAUUGUGAGCUGGGGCGAACAGUGUGGCAUAAAAGAUAAACCAGGAGUUUAUACACAAGUGACAAGAUUCCUCAAUUGGAUUAAAUCAAAAAUUCAGCGGGAGUCCGGUUCACGCGAGUAAGCGACACUUUCUGGAAAGGCAAAUGGUAAACCUGAGAAAUUUAAUUUUCUUUAUCCCUCCUCCAACAUUAUUGAUGGCACUGUGACCAUGACAACAUAUCCAAGAUGGUGGUGGCUAUAGAGAAAAUAGCAAUAGCUGCUGCUUCAGACCUCAUGCAUCAACACAAAUUUCAAUCUCCGGUGAACAGUACCAAUGUACGUAUGUAAUAUUUAGCUGAAAACUGAAACUCCCACAGAUUCUUUUAAUGUCUUUUAGUGACUUAAAAGGGCCUGAUCCAAAGUCCGCUGAAGUCUUUUGGUGGAUCAAAUAUAAGGAACGAGAGCUGCUCUGCUUUGCCCAAAAUCAAUUGGACAGUCAUUUUCUUACUUUCUUCUGAGAUUUUUGUCUUGUAAAACACUUAUGCAUGUGAACAGCUUUGCACCGCUAAGUAUUCCCAUUGACGUCACUGGUACUAUGCACAUGCAUAAAGUCACUCACAUACAUGUGUUUGCAGGCUCAGGGCCCAAUUUAUGUAUCUCCGGCUGUCAGCAAUUGGAUGUAAAAUAUUUCUAUAAUGUAAAUCUAAAUUAUUUCAAAAUAAUUUCGAAAAUGUUAAUGAUUUUUUCUGUUUUUUUCCACUUUUCUUCUUUGUAUCUGAUGAUAGCUGAAUUAUUUACUAAACCUAGAUUAUAAUCUCUUAAUUGUUAGACAUAGAACUGGAAUUUCUUUUUACAGAUAGAAUUGCGUAUUUUUGUUCAGUUAUUCUGCAGUCUUUAAGGAAAAUUUGCAAAAUAUGGGAUUGACGUUAAUUCUGAGAUGGAAGGAUGCCCACUGGUUUAUGUGAAGGGUUGGUCUGCAAAGUGUAACAAUGUCUCUCUCACUUGGGUAUUUUUGGCUUUUUAUGGUUGAUUAUAAACCAGUGGUUCUCAAACUUUUGUAUUGGUGACCCCUUUCACAUAGCAAGCCUCUGUGUGUGACCCCCGCCCCUUAUAAAUUUAAAACACUUUAACACCAUUGUAAAUGCUGGAGGCUGACAGCUAGUGACCCCCCCCCCCAUGUAAUAACUUCGUGACCCCCUGAUGAGGGGUCCCAACCCCCAGUUUGAGAACCCCUGUUUUAAACCUCAUGCCAUUGGGAUGGUCUAUAAACAGCCCCAUAAUCCAUCACAAGCUAUUCCCAUUGCAAUAAUUUUGAACCAUCCUCUUCAGCAGAAGCCUCAGGUACUAAUUGUGAUCUCUGUCAAUCAGGGAUCACUCCUCUGAAGUCCCUUAAAGAAUAUGACCGAAUUAAUCAAUGCUAAUUUAGCUUCCAUCAGCCCUUGCCUUGUGCAUAUUCACCCGCCAAGAGAUUUUUAAAGCCUUAUCUUGUGUCCUUUAAUGUCAAGGUGCCAAUAAAUCAGGAACCAAUUCUAAAAUAUCUAAAGGCAUCAUUUAUGGAAACAACUGCAUUUGAUUUAUUCAAUACAAAUGAUUUUACAUUCUACAAAUCAGGGCUUAUUAAUCUUUAGUACAAAGCUGAGCCGGCCAGUCAUCUAGUACUAAUUUCAUUGACAGCCAUAAAUAAAUACCAUACUUUGUAUUACAUACACUUAUAAAUCACUUGUCUAUAAGUAUCCACACAAAAAUAUAAAGAUCAAUAUUAAAUUGCA